CAUAAACCAUGCGAUCAGACAUCGAGAAUCAAAAAGCGCUUAAGGUGUCGGCUCGCAUGAACAUCCCCAUCCACACGUGUCAUCCCCUUUCCCACACGCGUCGCUCCUCCCCGUCCCCUUAAAACCCUAACCCCCCUUCCCCCUCCUCCCCACAGAUCCCUAACCCUAACCCUAAUGGCCGAUCAGAGAUCCGAUCUCCGCCACACCGGCGAAAACAUCAAGCGUUACUUGCACGACCGAAGCCCGCCGGCUUCUAAAGCCGUGGCGGCCAUCACCCUCUUUCCGUUCGGUGGUUUUCUCCUCACAUUAUCCGCCUUAACGCUCGUCACCACGGUAAUCGGACUGGCGGUGACCGCACCGCUUUUCCUCCUCUUCAGCCCGGUUCUCGUCCCGGCCGCCGCAGUCAUUUC